CCAUAGCUUUUUAAAUUCCACGCUCAAACACACGGGAACUAUUAAGUUCCUCCAUUCUUUUGCUUUACAUUUCUAGGUGCUUGCUUAUUUUGCAAUGGAGUAUAACAAAAUGUGGGUUGUGUGUGCAGUAGUGUUGAUGUCGAGUUUAUGGUAUGGGGUAGAAGGGGAUCCCCAAGUACCUUGUUACUUCAUUUUUGGGGACUCAUUGGUGGAUAAUGGCAAUAAUAAUCAACUCCAAUCGUUGGCUAGAUCAGACUACUUGCCUUAUGGGAUCGAUUUCCCUGGUGGACCGACUGGAAGGUUUUCCAAUGGAAAAACCACUGUUGAUGUGAUUGCUCAGCUUUUGGGUUUCGAUGAUUAUAUACCUCCCUAUGUAAGUGCAAGUGGCCAAGACAUUUUGAAAGGAGUGAAUUAUGCUUCUGCAGCUGCAGGAAUUAGAGAGGAAACUGGGCAGCAACUGGGAGGUAGGAUUAGCUUCAGUGGGCAAGUGAAAAACUACCAAAACACAGUCUCACAAGUGGUAAACUUGCUAGGGAAUGAAGACUCAGCUGCAAAUUAUUUGAGCAAGUGUAUAUAUUCAAUUGGAUUGGGCAGCAAUGACUAUCUUAACAACUAUUUCAUGCCGACAUUUUACUCGACUAGCAGCCAAUAUACACCUGAACAAUAUGCUGAUGUCCUAAUUGAUCAAUAUAAUCAGCAACUCAAGGCUUUGUAUGAUUAUGGAGCAAGGAAAAUGGUCUUGUUUGGAAUUGGUCAAAUAGGCUGCAGCCCAAGUGAAUUGGCUCAAAAUAGCCCUGAUGGUAAGACAUGCGUACAAAGAAUCAAUUCAGCCAACCAAAUAUUCAACAGCAGGUUGAAAUCUCUGGUCAAUACACUCAACAACAAUCUCUCAGAUGCAAGAUUUAUCUUUAUAGACUCUUAUGGGAUCUUCCAAGAUAUAAUAAACACCCCUUUAACUUAUGGUUUCAAGGUUACGAAUGCCGGAUGCUGUGGAGUAGGGAGGAACAAUGGGCAAAUUACAUGCCUACCUCUGCAAACUCCAUGUCAAAAUAGGAAUGAAUAUCUGUUUUGGGAUGCUUUUCAUCCAACUGAGGCCGGGAAUGCAAUUGUGGGCAAGAGAGCUUAUAGUGCUCAAGCUGCAUCAGAUGCUUAUCCGGUUGAUAUCCGCCGAUUAGCCCAGAUUUAGAGAUGGAUCUAAUGGGUGCAGCUGGCUCAAUAAGAUAGAAAGUUCUUGUUAUAUUUUUCUGUAUCACUAUUAUUGUUGCUAUGAGUCUAAUAUUUUUCUUUUUUAUUGAUAAGUUGCUAUGAGUGUAAGAUGUUUAUAAUGAUAAUAUCAUUAUCUCCCCAUUCAAUUUGUUGUAUGCGGAGUAUAUAAAUGUAUGGAAAUUUUUAAAAAGAUUGAAUUCAAUAUCGACCUGUAGUAAA